AUGCAGACAGUACAUUCUUCGAGGUGGCUUUGCAUUUUAAAAGCCAUACGAGACCGCAGCAAAAUCGGACCCAAUAAAUUCUUUGAUCUAAGUAUAAAACCUUUUGCCGCAUCGCCGCACACCGGUACACUGUACUGCCCUCCACGAGGAUCGUGCCUGCGGCUCCCAACUUCCACCGUACUUUCUAGGUGUGCAGAUUCCGCAUUCUCACUCGAUGGCGCUCUCAACCAAGGUUGCUCCAUUCAGCGAAGUACACAGCCGCCGUUUAAGGGCCCAGCAGUCAUAGCACCUAGGCAGCAUGCUACCCCCAUGGACGCUUUACUCCAUCCUAAUGAUUCUUUUGAAGUUAGACGGACAUGGAAGUCACUGAUAAGCUGUGCAAAGUUUCAUACUGGUGCUUGGCAUCACCUGCCGUUCGGAACGUUUGCAGGAUCCCUUUGUACGUGGCCAGCAGGAUCUGGCCCGGCAGUACCUGUAGUGUUUGCCCGGCGUUACUCAACGUCUUCCGUUCCGGAGUAUUACUCUAUCUUGGGAGUCAAAAAGGCUGCAUCUCAAGAUGAAAUUAAGAAGGCGUACCGGCAAAUCGCACUGCAGUGGCAUCCAGAUCGGAACCCUAGUAACAGAGAAGAAGCUGGGAAACGUUUCCGUGAGGCGAGCGAAGCUUACCAGACGCUCUCUGAUCCCACUAAACGAGCGCAGUAUGAUGCAUCGUUGGAUGGGGCAUCAUUCCAACAUGCAAGUGGCCGUUCAGGGUACAGUGAGCCAUUCGAAUUCAGGACACGCUCGAAUAGAGGGAGUGUUCAGUUUGGAAGCCUCACGCCGGAAGAAGCUGAGCUUCUCUUUCGCCGAGCCUUUGGUGGUGUCUCACUGGAUGAGAUCUUGCAACAAGCACUCAACCAACGAGGAGCUUCCCGGUGGGAUGGCGGAUUGCCAUACCAGCGGCAUGACAUGUUCGAACAUAGGAUGGGCUCUCGUCCGUCUACGAGCUUCCUUGAUGAUCAAGAAAUAUAUGCGAUCUUGAGGGGCCUGUCGGGCGAACGACCAGAUACCGGCACGCAAGUUAGCUACUACACUCAUGGGGGAAGGAUUAUCGAGAGAAGAAUAACUGUGCAGAGAUUCCCUGGAGGCGGUGUAAAGACCGAAACGACUGAGCGCGAUAUAGGGCCAGACAGAAAUUUCGACACUUCAAGGACAGCCAGAAGUGGACCACAGGCACACCAGCAGGCCUUUCACGAUGAGUGGAAACAUAUGGAAUCGCAAAGAAGGGCUUCAAUGAGAACUGGCAUGGAGGUCUCCAAUCCGGUGCAGCAACUCUUAUUGGCUGCUCGCGAACAUGCCAAAAUUGCUUGGAGAAUGAUCAAGCUUACUGCCUUACGCACAUUUGCAAGGGCAGUGGUGAGAUUUGUAUUCACUUUGUUCAUGCGGCGCCGGUAA